AUGUCUCCCUCUAUCUCUAAGACGCGCCCUAAGAAAUCCCUCCCCAUCGAGGACUGGCCUGGUCUCCCUAAGUGCCAUUUAUCCAGCGAGGGCUUCCGCAGAGGCAUGUACGAUACUUUUGAAGUACUACUCGAGUACACGGAGUCACGGGACGUGAGCGAUCUAAUUUACCGGCGAUCGAGCUUCGAUCCAGACAGGGAGCCCGCGCCCGGGGAAUUUCUCACUGACGAGGAGAUGGGAGUCUAUCUUUCCGGCUACAAUGGCGCCCCAAACGUUCUUGUUGGGAGGGUGGCGGUGGAGACUGUGUGGAAGUCGAAGUAG